GCUAGUGCGUUGUGAUAUACCGUAACUAGCAGGAAUUCUCCUCGUUUGAAGAGUUGUCGAAUGCAAUCAAGCAAUAUGAAACCAACAGUUUCACUAAUGUGUACAUCCGCAGCAGUAGAACGCUUAAAACUGGAAGGAAGCGUGCUCCUAAUCGUUAUUUUAGUGACAAGUUGAGGUACACUGAAAUUGAUAUAGCCUGUAAGCACGGAGGACGAAAGGCAGUUUCUGAGUCGAAAGGAAAACGUCCAAACCAAAGCACUUAUCUAAUGGAUUGUCCGUUCAGUGUGACAAUACGGCCAACUUCAGAUGGAGAAAAGCUUCUUGUGAAAACUGUGAAAAGCGAACACAACCACGAAAAUUCAGAGGCUUCCUUCAUGCAUUUGCCAAAACAACGGCGACUUGAUGGUGAGCUAAUGGAGAGCACAUGCCAGAUGCUGCAUAUGAAGGCAAACAAAAAAAUUCUACAAGACCAUAUACAUAACGUCUCAGGCAAGAAAGUCCUGCUGAAAGACCUUCACAAUAUUGGCACAUCAAACCGACCACAUCACGAAAACAACUUUGAGAAUCUUCUGGCGGAAAUGCAAAAAUAUAAAGAUGCCACAGUAGAAGUUUGCAUAGAUGAGAACAGCGUUCUGCAAGCCAUCUACUUCCAGACGAGAGAGAUGCAGCAGUCGUUCGAAGCCUAUCCAGAGUUGCUCUUUCUGGAUGCAACGUAUAAAUUAAACGACUUGCGAAUGCCAUUAUACGUGCUUAUGACUGAGGAUGGCAAUGGGGAAAGCGAGAUAGUUUGUCUAUGGCUAGUUGUGAGAGAAGACCACGUCACUAUACAAAAAAUGGUAGAAAUUUUUAAGCAGGCAAAUCCAAGUUGGGACAUGGUUGAAGUCAUCAUGAGUGACAAGGACAUGGUAGAGAGAGAUGUCCUGAGAGAACAAUUUCCGGAUGCCACAAUGCAGAUAUGUUUGUUUCACACACUGAAAAGUAUGAGGCGUGAGAUAAGUGCAGAAAAGCUCGGCAUAUCUCAGGCAGAACGAAAUACAGCACUCGAGAUAUUGCAGCGGAUCGUUUAUGCGAAGACAGAAGCUGAAUAUGAUGCACUGUAUAACCAGUUGAAGGCAACUUCACCAAAGUCAGUUGUUGACUACUUCAAUAAAAACUGGCACGCGAUCAGAAAAGAAUGGGCUGAUGGGUUAAAAAAUGGCGUGUGUCAUUUUCAAAAUCGCACCAACAAUCGCCUGGAAAGCACAAACCAAAAAAUUAAAAGUGUAGUCAGUAGAUACUCUGGAAUCAAGCAAUUUUUCAUUGACUUGAUGAAAUGCAUAAAAUGUCUCAAGACUGAACGAGACCACCGAGCUCUAGAUGCAGUGAUGAAAACACCACUUGUGGGGCAAGAGCAGGAACCAGUGUCAGCUGCGCAGCAAUAUCAAAAACUUUUGACACCAUAUGCAUUUGCUUUUGUUCAGAAGCAAUUGAAAUUACAAGACAAAUGCACGAUUAGCAAAAAUGUUGAAGAUGGUGUGGAGUUUACUAGGCAGUCAGGAAGUAUAUGUGUAAAAAUAGAUUACUGCCCUUGUGGCCUUCAAGCAGCCAUGAAGCUUCCUUGUUGCCAUGUUUUGGCUGCCAGACAACACAAAGGAGUGCCAGUGUACUGUGAAGAUCUAUGUGCAAAUAGAUGGAGGCUGGACUACUUUAAGGGCAGGCAGCGUGUGUUCAGUGCAUUCGAGGACGACACUGCUGAGGACACAACUAGUAAUGGUGCAGCUUGCCACCAGCUGCCUCGCAGGACUGGACGAAUCUUGACUGAGCAGGAAAAGUAUCGUGAAGGCUCUUCUGUUGCACAAGAUCUGGCUCAGCAGCUAUCCAGCUUUGGAUCUGAUGAUUUCAGAUAUAACCUUGGUGUGCUAAAGGUUAUAAACCAAAUGUGGAGAGAAGGAAAGAAGAUAGCUGUGGCAGAGUUCAGCUGUACCAAUGCAGAAUGUUAUGAUGAUAACAACAGCAACAAUGCUACGGAGUCUGACCAUCGUAGAGAACCAGGACCAGGAAAUGGUGGAGUUGAUCUUGGAACUCCAAAUUUAGAGUUUGAUUGCAGUAAUGAAGGUUCAGCUUCAGGACUGGAUAAAACCAACAACAGCAACACAGAGAUUGUGACACAAAGUGAUGAAGUUCCUUUUGAAAAUGAUGGUCUGAACAUCAGGUGCAUAAAAAUGCCACCAAAAAUGCUGAAAAGAGGGCGGCCAAAGGGAGCUGGAUUGACGACCAUUGGCAUCCCAAAAAAAAAUGGGUCAAGUAAAAAGCCUGCCUCAUUUGUCAAGAAGUCAGGGUUGGAAAAAGAGAAAAUUAUUCUCUCAUGGUUUGUAGAAGACAACAUAGUAGAGAAGGCUGUUCACGAUGAGCAGCUUAUAGAAGAAAACCAUGUAGAAUGUCGUCCCGAAAAAAUCCAUGAAGGCUGCCUUGACAAGAGCGUAGACUUAUACAUGGUUCGACAUCAUUUUAGUACAGAUGCUUGGCAUCUUGUAAUGCAAGUAUUCCAACUGAAACAGCAGGUGCAUGAAUGGGUAUGCAAAGUUUGCCAGCAUGACUUGUCAGAAUGUGAAUCAAUCAUGUGUGAUUGUUGCUUGCAAUGGUACCAUAUUAAGUGUGUUGGUUUGAAGGCUGUACCGAAGGCAAAGCAUUGGAUGUGUCGCUUCUGCUAUCGGCAUUAGGUCAUUGUAUCCCCCGAACGAGUUCGAGGGAUACUAUGGAUUUGGCCUCGUCGCGCCUUCUCUACCUGUGCCAGUAGAGAAGUUUUACUUUUCGUUUUGUUUAAAAUUGUACAUUUGCUG